GCGGGUCACUCGGCGGGCAGGACGCGCUCGCGAGCGGCCCGGGGGCACCAUGCCCACCUUCGACGAGGCGCUGCGGCGGGCCGGCGAGUUCGGGCGCUUCCAGCGGCGCGUGUUCCUGCUGCUGUGCCUGACGGGCGUCACCUUCGCCUUCCUCUUCGUGGGGGUGGUCUUCCUGGGCCGCCAGCCCGAGCGCUACUGGUGCCGCGGGCCGGGCGCGGCGGCGCUGGCCGAGCGCUGCGGCUGGAGCCCCGAGGAGGAGUGGAACCGCACGGCCCCCGCGCCACGCGGCCACGGGCCCUGCCGGCGCUACCUGCUGGAGGCGGCCAACGCCAGCGCGCCCGCGGCCGCCGGGGCCACGGCCGCCCCGCUCAGCUGCGCCGACCCGCUCGCCGCCUUCCCCAACCGCUCGGCGCCGCUCGUGCCCUGCCGGGGCGGCUGGCGCUACGCCCAGGCCCACGCCACGAUCGUCAGCGAGUUUGACCUCGUGUGUGUCAAUGCCUGGCUUCUGGACCUCAGCCAAGCCAUCCUCAACCUGGGCUUCUUCAUGGGCGCCUUCACCCUGGGCUACGCUGCCGACAGGUACGGCAGGAUCAUCAUCUACUUGACCUCCUGCCUGGGUGUUGGCGUGACAGGUGUGGUGGUGGCCUUCGCACCCAACUUCCCGGUGUUUGUCAUCUUCCGCUUCCUGCAGGGCGUUUUCGGGAAGGGCACAUGGAUCACAUGCUUCGUGAUUGUGACCGAAAUGGUGGGCUCCAAGCAAAGGAGGAUUGUGGGCAUAGUGAUUCAGAUGUUCUUCACCCUGGGAAUCAUCAUUCUCCCAGGAAUCGCCUACUUCAUCCCGAAUUGGCAGAGCAUCCAACUCGCCACCACACUGCCCAACUUUCUCUUCCUCCUGUAUUACUGGGUGGUUCCCGAGUCUCCCCGAUGGCUGGUGACUCAGAAGAAAGGAGAAAAAGCAUUGCAAGUUCUGAGGCGCAUUGCCAAAUGCAAUGGGAAAUACCUCUCACCAAAUUACUCAGAGAUCACUGUUACAGAUGAGGAAGUUAGUAACCCAUCCUUUUUAGAUCUGGUGAGAACUCCCCAAAUGAGGAAGUGCACCCUUAUUCUUAUGUUUGCUUGGUUCACAAGUGCCGUGGUUUACCAAGGACUCGUCAUGCGCCUGGGAAUCAUAGGAGGCAACCUCUAUAUUGACUUCCUCAUUUCCGGAGUGGUGGAGUUACCAGGAGCGAUCUUGAUCUUACUGACCAUUGAACGCUUAGGCCGCCGUCUUCCUUUUGCUAUCAGCAACAUAGUAGCAGGGGUGGCAUGUUUUGUCACUGCAUUCUUACCAGAAGGAAUGCCCUGGUUAAGGACCACAGUGGCUACCGUGGGCAGACUAGGGAUAACUAUGGCCUUUGAAAUAGUUUAUUUGGUCAACUCGGAAUUGUACCCAACGACCUUACGGAACUUUGGAGUUUCUCUCUGUUCAGGUUUGUGUGAUUUUGGGGGAAUCAUAGCCCCAUUUUUGCUCUUCCGGCUAGCAGCUGUGUGGCUUGAACUACCUCUUAUCAUUUUUGGUGUCCUGGCAUCCAUCUGCGGUGGUCUUGUCAUGCUUCUACCUGAAACCAAGGGCAUUGCCUUGCCAGAAACAGUGGAUGAUGUGGAAAAGCUUGGCAGGAAAAAGAAAGUCCCAGUUUCCAGCACUCACUUUUGAGGCUCCUGCGGAAGGGGCCGGGAAGGAGCUGCCCCUGCCCCUCCAGGGCCAGCCGGACCUUGAGACCAGCAUGCUGCUCCAGCCCCGCUGGGACAUCCAAGCAAGCCAGAGUGUUGUUGAGAAUGUUGGACACUUCCCCUGUGUGCACUACCCACGAGGGCACACAGUCACCGGCCGGCUCAGCCGAGCCCCUGGGUACACACAGCAACUGCUGGGGUGGGUGGUGGGUGGGUGGGAGUCUCGGCCCCAGCCAAUCCCUGUGACAGCUCCGGGCAGGUGGGCAGAAACUCGGGCUGUGAGUGUCCAGAAGAUUCCAGGAGGAGAUUGGGGGUCCUGCUCAAAGAGAGACCCAGUGUAGGCCCUGUGCUUCCUCUCCCUGCACCCCUGAAGCAUCUGGGGGGUGGGUGUACAGGCCUCAAGCCAUAAAGAACAGGGUAGGAGAGAGGGGGGCUCUUGGUCCCCAACACAAGUGUGGGGUCACACUUAGUCUGAAGGUGGUUCUGAGUGGUGUGGUCCUCCUGGGGUAGACACCGAGCAGAGCGAGUGGACGCCACCUCUUAGGGUUUGAUGUUAAAGCGAUAUUUACCCUCUGCUUGUGAGUGCCCGCUACACUCUGUCUACGGUCAGGAGGGGAAAGCACUUUUGUCUUUGGAAGAAGCUGACUUUUUAGCUUAAAAAAAGAUCGGUGAUCUCCAGAAAGGAAAAUGGCGGAAGCUUUAUAAGUGGCCUCAUAAAUACUAAUCGAGAUUGGGGGAGGGGCGGGUCUUUCUCUUGGAAGCGCAGAGCUGAAGUACCAAUGUGCUACCUCUCUCUGAGGUUCUGCUUUAUAUUUUAUAUUUGUCCUAUUUUUUCAGGCUCAGCAUCUUUCUGAUGCCAAUUUUUUUUCAUGACUUAGUGUGUGUGCACAGGCCAAAUGGGCACCAAAAGGGUAAGCUCUGGCCACGAAGGCUUGGUAUCCUGCGGACAUCUGCAGUUGCCUGUGGUGUUGGUACUAACCAGCAUCCCAGCGGGUGGUGAAUGUUCGAUUUUGUAAUGGAAUCAGCACAGCUCUCGAAUUCACCCUUUCUACAGAUACACUUGCAUCUUUACUUCCUCUCCUCUCACCCUGGAAUUGUAUUCUGCGUGGAUGUGUUUUUGGUCUUGGUACUAAUAAAACCAUGCAAACUGUCAAG